UGAGGUGGUCUCACUUAGCCGAGCACAUGGGGCCCGUCAGUUCCAUUCCAUGUCUGUCUGUGCACAGCCUGAAUAUGCGAUCACUUACAUGCUGUGCGAGCGCAGUUUGAUUUACCAUCAAUACUACUGCAUCUUAUCGACUGAUAACAAACCUGACCCCUGAAGGCUGUUGAAUAAAAUGUCAGUAAUGUCAAAGAAAGUGAUAUAAUGCUUCUAAUCCCUCUUUUCUCCUCUUUUGUGCUCUGCAGAUUCCACACACUGCCACCAUGAUUGGCCAACAUAAGAGGAAAUUUGAGGAGCUGACUGAGGACCAAGGUUAUUCUUCACCAACCACUUUGGAUUCCAGUCCCAACAACCCAGCAAUGCCCAGUCUUAAGAGGACCAAGAAGACACAUCAAACCAGGGUGACCUUUGGCCAGGUGAUGAUCUUCCUCUUCAGUCGAUGUCAGGGCUUCACUGCAGUUCCAUCUGAGGGAGGCUGCACCCUGGGCAUGAUGCCGCACCACAAUGACCAACAAACAUACACAGUUGACCAUUAUGACAAGAAGCAGGAUUACAGGCGGAGGGAAAUACUCUGGGAGGGACUCACGAGAAUCGAGGAACAGGGGCGUCUGCCAGAGGUGAAAGAACACCAACAGGACGGGUUUGCUGAGCAUGCUCUGAAGAUGAAGGCUGGAUACUGGGAGAAGCGCUUUUUUCCCCAGAGAUACAAAUCAGAGAGACGUUAUUCUCUGCUUAAAGCAGCUGGUGUCGACUUCAUCGACAGGGAGGAGGAGACACAGCUGCAGGACCUGAGGAGCUCCAGGAGGAACGUUGGAUGUGACUGCAAGGGCCACUGCGAUCCUCUGACCUGCAGCUGCAGCCUGGCUGGAGUCAAAUGUCACGUAAGAACAGUUUGCCUGUCAAAUUUCUGCUCUGCAAAACGUACCGCAUUGAUAUGCAACUGCACCGAAGACUGCUGUAGGAACAUCCAGGGUCGCAUCCCAUCCAACAAGCUCGGGGUGCGAGCCCAUUACCAGCGCACCAUAAUGAGACUGAAGUCAGAGAGGAGGACGCCACUGAAGACACCAGACUGA